AUGUCUAAGAAAGAUUUCAGCCGAAAAUCCAUCACAAAACUUGGUGAUGACAGGAAGGAUGACGAUGAUGAGUCAUCAAAGUCAAACAACAACCAGCUGGUGGUAGCAGACAAGGGUGAUUACGAUUGUCAAACUCCCACCUCCGAUGAUCACAAGAUCCAACCACCGUGCUCUCCACCACCACCGCCGAUAAAACUCUUGCAGAAGAGAAGGAGGAGGUUGUCGGACGACGGAACAACCGUGGAAUUCUUUGAAAAUACAAGGCGCCAAGAGGUAGAUACUUUUUUCCGAUCCUUUACUGUUAGGGUUUCUUCGUCUUCCUCCAGAAAAACGCGUGGUCAUAGUAUUUGA